CAUAAUUAUCUCUUAAAUAACAACCAAUUAAAUCUCUGAUCGAUCGACAGAUCACCAUCCAUGGAAUCUCAUCCAAAGAACCCCUCCCAAUCCCAUCCCUCCGGCGAGCUUCUGCCACCGGAAUCGGAAAUUCCGGCCGGCGAGUCGUUGCCGUCAAAUCCAAUUGAAUGCCGAAUAUGCUUCGAGGACAUUGAAACCGGCCAAAUCAUCGCCGCCGGCGACUGCGGCCACACGUACUGCAGCCACUGCAUUACAAAGCACGUCAACACGGCCGUGUUCUCGAAAAACGAGUGGGCCGACAUCGACGGUGGUCUGGUGCUGAUCUGUCCCCUCCGCCGCAUUAAUUGCAGCGGAUUCCUCGACGUCGACGCGAGCCGCGGCCGGUUGCCGGAGAUGCUGGUGGCGCGGUAGGAGGACGCCGCCUGCGUGAUGAUGGUGCAGCACCGGAGAUGCUAUUGUCCGUACAAAGAUUGCUUGGGGUUGAUCGAGAAGGAAAACGAUGGCUGCGGCGACGACAUGACGGAGACGGAGUGCCCCUAUUGCCGGCGGCGCGUGUGCGUCCGGUGCAAUUCCACGUGGCAUUCGGGGAUUGGGUGUGACAAGCUCCCUGACGAGAAGCUUCAUCGACUGGCGAAGGGGAUGCAGUGGAAGAGAUGCCCCGACUAUAAACUUUACGUCGACAGGACUAGCGGAUGCAGCUUUAUCCAUUGCAGGUAACUAAA